CGCAGAAGUCAACUACAUGUGGAUUUCGUGGCGAAACGUAAAAUAUGGUGUUUUUCUUCACAAGUAGAGUUGUGUCUCCAAGUUACAUGCUGUACAUGGGACUAGACAAACAUGAAAAUGAAGAUCUCAUCAAAUGGGGAUUUCCAGAAGAUGUAUGGUUCCAUGUAGACAAGGUGUCCUCAGCUCAUGUGUACCUCAGACUUCAUCCUGGAGACACAUUGGAUGAUGUACCACAAACUGUUAUAGAUGACUGUGCUCAACUGGUAAAGGCCAACAGUAUCUCAGGUAACAAGAUGAACAAUGUUGAUGUAGUAUACACAAUGUGGGCCAACCUGAAGAAAACUGGUGCCAUGGAUGUCGGACAAGUGGGGUUCUUCAAGGAUAAAGAGGUGAGAAAGGUCCGAGUAGAGAAACGAAUAAAUGAGAUUGUGAACCGUCUGAAUAAAACAAAGGAAGAGAGAUUCCCUGACCUGCGAGCAGAGCGAGAACAGCGAGAUAGAGAGGAGCGGGAGGCUGCUAAGGUUAAUAUGCAGGAGCAGAAAAGAAAGGAAAAGGAAGAAGAGGAAAGAAGAAGAAAGGAAUCUGAACUAAGAUCAUAUGAUUCUCUGAUGAAGACAGAAAACAUGACAUCAAAUCAGGACGAUGGUAAUGACUCAGAUGACUUCAUGUGAUCCUGUCCAACCACCAGAUUCCCAAGUCUUUCAAAGUCCACAAAUGAAUGCAUCUCCUCAUAUCCUUUUCUGUUAAUUGCUCCGGAAUCUCUUCAUUCUUGCUGCUUAAGCAUCAAUCUUUUUCAAAACCAUUUGUUUCCUGUAAUGAAGACAUGGAAGUGGUAUUUGGAAAAUGAUACAAGAACUUUAGCCAUGCUGAAGACAAAAGAGAAAGUGGUAUUUCAGGGAGUUACAUCAGCUGUGCUGUUUGGUUGCUUUCUUGUAACUCAGUUAAUGGACAGAAAAACUUGCAUGUUUUGAUACCAAGGCUCCAGAACACACUGAGGCUGGCCACAGAACAUAGGGCACUUACAAAUCAAGGAAACCAACUGUCUGAAAUAUUAUUUAUCAUGUAUUGAGUCAUACAAACAUACUAUAAUGUACUUGAAUUUGAUCUGGGUUACUUGAAAGCAGCUGCGGUAAUGACAGGAAGUGGUGUUUUUGGAGAGAACAUUAUCUGUGAUGUGGACUGGAAUUUGUGUCUGUUGGGAGCACACUGACUGCGCUUUGGACAGGAAGUGGUGUUUUUUAGGGAUGUGAACCAUGAUGAUGUGUCUCUAGCACUGGCUAGUUAUUUAAGUUGUAAAACAUAAUGUACAGACAAGACUCAAAACAUUUCACUUUUAGAAGUUUUCUAUUUAAAAGCAUUACAUAAAUUUAUCUUUUUUACAUGCAGCUAAAGCUGUAUGCUGAAAGAUGAGAACCCUUGAAAAAAUGUUAUUCUACAAUUAAACAAUGAAACAGGGAAACCUAUUAUUGAUUUUCUUUAUAUUACUUAACCAUUAUUUGGUCUUGGACAACAUAUUAACUAGUUUCUUUUUGUUUUUUAAUAACAUUCUUUGCUACUUUUUAGUGCUGAAAACUGCUACAAACUCUUUGUUUCAUCAUUUUACUUAUAAAGCAUAAUUUUUAUGGCUAUGAACCUGGCAUGAAUUGUUACAGAUUGUUGGUAUGAAGAUGAUCAGAUAAAACUAUUUAUUGAAUUGUUUAACCUUAACUGAAGCAAUGGUCAAUGGUAAUUUUUCACUAUCCAUCAUCAGUACCUUAAUAUUUUCUUGUUCUAGGAAAAACCAAUAUCAUUUUACAUAAUGAUUGAAUGAUGCCAAUUUCCAAUACAUUUCAUUUUUUAAGCAAAUUCUUGGUAAGUGAGACAUUUUUUAUUAUAAUUAGGUGAAUAUAACUGUCCAAAUGGCCAAUUACAUCAUAUCAAAAAAAAAAAAAAAAAGCUUUUGUCAGAUGAAUGACUUGGGUAAUAUCACCUUUGAUGGUUAAGACAUCCUAGUAUUUACCUGAAAACAGGUCAAAAAUUGUAUACAAACUUUAACUAUCACUAACUUCUUCAGGGUGAUGAACUGACUAUAGUGGACAACACUAAUAUAUUAUUUCAUUGCCCAUUGAAACUUUUUCUUUUGGAGUUAUCAGUAUUUUUGUUUGUUCUUGACCAUCUCUAACAUUUGUUAUUUAACUGUAUUAACCCUUAUAGUAAUUUAUUAUGAGCAGAAGCCUAGGAAUCAAGAAAAACAAUAAAUGGUUUUGAUAUGUUUAAUAUGUUAUUUCACUUCCUUUAAUUCCUCGAAAUAAUCCGUUUGAUCACAAUUGACAUGCAAUGAUUAUACUAACAUUUGAUAAUUAUCUCCCUUUACAUUUGAAUGUAAUCUGAAAAAAAUGACUCUUUAUAAGACAUCAUAUUUUCUGCUAUAUUCAUUUUCAGCCCUAGGCAUCAAAUCCAAACUACUUUGUAUAUCUUAGAUGUUUGUAGAUUAUAUACAUGAAAUGUCACUUGUGUAUCUUGAGCUGACUAGAAAUUAAGGCUUUUCAAGGUGAUUGGCAAAAAAUUGAAAUACUGUUUGAAUGGAAGUGGAUUUUUUUUUCACCAUCUACAUAUUUAGUCAUUUCUGCCAUUUCUUUUAUGCAAAAUGAAAAUGGAAGGUUAACUUGAGAAUGCUGAAGAUAAUUGAUAACUUGUUUGCCAGGAUGAUAGGGUACAAGGUUCUCUAGAGGAAACUAAUACAUAACAUAUAUUUAUACCACUAGAAAACUUUUGUGGUCUGGCAGAUGAUCCAUAUCUUAUGUCCCACUUAAUCAUGGCUUUCUUGCCAUUGUUAAAAUGUGAUGAUAUAACCCAAUGUGUUGUAAAAAGAUCUGGUCAGUGUGGUUUGUAUGUGAUGUUAACAUACAUUCUUGGCUCUCUCAUGCCUGAGACCAGGAUUUGACUCCUAUCAGGGUCAUAGUGCCCAACAGGAAUGUGCUGUUCCCUCUUCUUUCAUAUUGGCUUCCAAUUAAAUCCCAGAGUAGCAGUUGAGUCAAAUAUGGUCUCCAUCAAUCAGCUGCUUUUUUGACUCAGUUGAAGCCAUGGAUUAUCAAGCUUGUGACCCUGGCUUGAUUCUCGUCCAGGUACUCAGCAAUCCAACUAUUAAGCAAUAGUAAUUUUUUAUCUCUAAAACUAAUGGAGAAAGUAAAAAUAGAUUUCUUAUUCCAGUCUCGAUCCAAUAUUUAAAAAACAAAUUUUUAAAGUCUGUUAAUGUUUAAAUCUGAAGUUUUUUUUAUUGGAUUUCAAAGCAAUAUAACCAGCUACUUAAAAUGUAUAGAUGAGAAAGAAUGAUUUUUUUUUUUUUUUUUUUUUUGAAACAAGAUGAAUGGUUUGAGAAAUUUGUCUGUGAAAUUUGUGUCAGGACCAAUUUUCUACAAUUUAUUACGAAGUAUUGACAAAUGUCUGUAACAACGCUUGUACAUGGCUGUUACUUGUGUAUAGUAAAAUAAAUUAUGUGUGCAAUGAA